AUGCAGGGUAAGCUCUUGCAAUUCACAUUUUCUGUUGUUUAUUAUUUACCCCUUACAAGAACCCGAUAUCAUAUUAACACACUUAAAAUAUAGAAAAUUGUUUUGUUUUGUGUUAAGUCUGUAUCUAUUCGAACUAUUAUCACUUCCCACUUAUUUUCAAUUCUCAUCCAAACUCUAAUUUAUCAGGCCUUGGCAGCUACUUUUUUAAUCAGCAUCAAAAUAAAAUCAUCAGUUAUACAGAGAGGAAAGCGUGGUUUGCUGAGAGGAAUUAAGAGUAUGUGUAUUUGUUAGGUAUUGACUGAAAUCUAGGUUCUAACACUGCAAGGGAAAUUAUGUUGUUUACUGCCGCUCAACAGAAGUAGCUACUGACCUGACCCCAGAAAAAUAACAAGUUGUUUACAGUGCUGCAGAAAAAUGAGCUGUUAGUCCUUGAUAUAGGAGUCAUUAUAGCUAUGAAGGCAGUCGGCAAUCAGAGCUUGGUACAUAAAGAUCACAAAAUGAUAAGUUGCUUCUGACCAUGGUCGGAUGUAAAAUAGAUGGAGGAAAGAGUGUACACUAUUUAAAGAUAAUAGAUGGCCAAGGUCCAGCUAAAGAGAAUACUGAAGAUCACAUAUUUGUUGAAAACUGUCUGGCUCAGGGACCUUCUAGAACUGAUAGGGAAUUAGACCAUUGGUACCAUGAUGAUAAAAAAUAUGUUAAGAGAAAUUACAAUUGUGUUGGUGGCAUUGAAAAACACACCAAGGAACUAACGAAGUCUGGGAUUGAUAAAUUGGACCUGUUACUUAGACCACUUUAUAUUGAUAUACCCAAGGAAGACUUGGCCUGUUCUAGUGACAGUGCACAUCCAGUAAAGGACUUUGGUGUUUUAGGUGAACAAAAUCUAAAACAAGAUACUACAUUCGUAAAUAUUAAUCGAGACAAUAUUAUGGAUCAUUGUGCGGAGUCCAGCUCAAUGACAAAUAUAAAUAUUAUGGAUAGUAAGAUAAGAACUUGUUUCAGAGAAUCUUUUGAAAUGGCUAAUCAUAUGUCUCCCAUACAGAUCUCAUCACAUAACAGUGGCGCCCCCUUUAAGCCACGUAGAAUGAGGGAGUAUUCUUCUUCAUCGACAAGCUCGGCAGAAGAAACAUUGCAACAUCCAUAUCAGCAGCAGUCGCCAUCUACCUCUGCAGAUUUGAAUUAUAAAGCCCAGGAUGCAUCGAGAAUGAAUUUGCCAAAUGGACAAUUAAAUCACAUUGCAGUGUCGAACUACUCACAUUUAACGAGCAUGUUAAUGCGUUCUAAUCCAGCGACGUCUAGUACUAUGACAGGUUAUCUCGGUUACCCUAGGGAUUCUCCAUUCUAUAAGCCUCUAUUAACAAAUCUUGAUUUAAAACAUAGUGAUCAAACAAGAAUGUUACAUGGAGCACCUAAAGAUGGCAGCACUUCACCUACAGAUCCAG